UCAAUCCUUUACUACACUGUGCUGCAUCUAACGCUGUUGAUGGUCAAUGUUUGCUGAUAUCAAUUUCUAUGUCAGUAAAUACCAUACCACUGUCGUUACAACGGAACUGAGUGCAUACCUAGACUGUACAUUUCAAUUGUCUUGAUCACGAUCGCAAAACGACGACUACCUAUACCAGGCCUCUAGAUACGUAAUCUAAACUACUAGGAAGUUUGCAUGUUUACUUCCACGACAGCUAGGGUUUCAACAAAGACGUAUUGUCUAGCUAGGACUCGGCGUUUCAGUAGACGGUCUGAAAACUCCGUUGGACGUGUUACUCACGAACACAAGGCGCCUACGGAUACCGUACAACUAGUAAUUAAUUAAUCUAUUUUUUGACUUUUGGACUUGGUCAAUUUGCUGAUAUCACCAUUAAUAUUAAUCAAGCGGUACCGGAAAGCCAUAAUUUUGGCACCAUCCAUAUUUUAGGCAACACCAACAGCUGGUGCAAAUAUUGCGUGAAAAUGGACCUCCGACAAGAAGUGGGUUGGUUCGUUCACACACCUUGAACCCCCAUAGGUAAGCGCCUGCAAAUGAUUGCUAAUAUGUUGCUUAUUUGGCUAUACUCGAGACGGAAGUUACCGCAAAUCAACGCCUUGAUAAACUACACUUUUCGAAAAAUGGUGGGCCAUGGUCCAUCUACCCAUGCUCUGUCGGGCCUGGCCCGAUAUCCAAUCAAUCGAGUACUAGAAACUUUUUAGUGACUGACAAAUACUACGAGUACUGUAACAUUGACUUUGACUACUCUUUCUAUAGGGUGAAGCUGAAGCAUUGUAUGAUGAAAGUACAAAAUCUUGAUCAGUUGUUUCUCACACCCAAUCCGGGAGCUUCACUGUUGUGUUUUUCAGUAUCGUACUACGAGCUGUCUAGUUCAAGUGUUAUUGCAGCGAUGCAAGCACGACUCGUCUUUCUCACCGUCUUCUUGCUCCUUUAUACCAUCAGCAUCCUGGCAGAAUACAGCUGUGAUUAUAAGUCGCCAAUCUCUUGGGUUUUGUAUGGUACCAGCUGCUACGCGUACUUCAACUCAACGACACAAAAUUGGAAUAAAGCUGAACAGGAUUGCCAAACACAGAAAUUUCCCAACAGCCAUCUAGUGUCAAUGGAAUCGAAAGAAGAGAUCACGUUUGUUAGGAGUUUACUCACCCGUCCUCCCAGUGAGGCUUGGAUUGGUAUUAAAGGCCCAAAAAAGAACAAAGAGGUGAAAUGGUCAAAUGGCAAUGUCGUGAAAUAUCAAAACGUCAUUGGAAAAUUACUAGACAACAAGCAUUGCGUUUAUACAACGUUUUCAAGUAUUUGGUCGAUCAGCCAUUGCUCUGAGAAAAAACCCUAUAUCUGCGAAAUUGAUGCAAAAGAAGUGAUUCAUUACUCUAAUGCUGCACCUACAAAUGCAUCUGCGGUAGCGCGCGUUUCCGGGUCAGCAACUGUAUGGACGAGAUCUAAUACUUUUAGUUCAAGUUCAACACUGACCACGGUUUCUCGGACGCCGUCGCGAAUGUUGACGUCAACGGCGGGUACAAGAAUUACAAACACCAGUACCGCAAUGGAUUUUACCAUCUCAGCGACGAGGAAGACGGCAAGUACUGGGACGACGACAUUUGGGGUCUCCUCCGCUCCUACGGCUCAAGAUGUGAUUAAACACAAUUAUACGGAGUCUACUUCGUUGGUUAGGGUAACUGAGCAAGUUAUGAUCACAAGUCCAGAGACUUUGUCUGGCACUGGUAGAAGUAGUAGUGACAGUGUUUCUGUAACGACAGCUACUUCUAAACUGUUGGCACAAUCUGGUGUGUCGUCAGGCGGCAGUUCGGUUGGAGUGGUCGUUGGAGCUGUUUUGGGGACAGUGUGUGUUAUUGUGGUCGUUGUAGUUGUGCUACUGGCUUAUCGUCGAUAUCGAAAAAAGUUGAAGGCUUCUAGCAACCGCUGUCAAGCAUUGACAGCAAAAAAUCCCGUCUACCACGACAUCGAGACAAACUUCAAUACCUUGAGCAACGACGAGCUCGCGUACGAGAUCUCUGAGUCCAGAUUUGAAUGCAAUGGCCAGUCAGAAGCGGACAGGAGAGAUACUGCAGUGAUCGUCUCGUCCCAACGAGAAGAGACGAACGUCGAGAACGGUUCCACUGGCAUUUAUUCUGAUUACGAAAUUCCCGUAUCAGUACACAAACCUAGCAAUAACGUUGAAAACGACGGCAACGUAAUAUACGGGACCAUUAGGCACGGAUUUGACAAACUGAAACAGGCGAUCUAUUGGGAACCGGGAACUACAGAAGAACAGCUAUACGCACAAAUACAUCGACAUCAGUUUCCUCAGAUUGAACGCCAGGCCAUUAGCUCAAGAAAAUAUGUCGCAUCCGGAGAGUUUGGCACUGUGGAAAAGGCAACAUGGCGACCAACACACGAUGAGGAAAAGAGAGUCGUGGUCGCGGUCAAGGCUCUCAAAUCCGAGACGGACGAAGACCGCGUGCGUUUUCUUCGAGAAGCCGCACUUCUUGGACAAUUUCACCACGAAAACGUCGUCGCUCUUUACGGCGUAGUAACGCUAGGAUCACCGCUGCUAAUUGUUCUUGAAUAUUUGGAAAAUGGAGAUUUGAAGGAGUACCUGGUGGAGCAAAGAGAGAGUAUUCGAUCAUUGAAUUCAUCUCUGUCAUCUCGUCUCGGUGUGAUUCUGUUGAAGAUGUGUAGAGAUAUUGCGUCUGGUCUGGAGUAUUUGACGGGAAAAUCGUUUAUCCACAGGGAUUUGGCUGCACGCAAUAUUUUAUUGGAUCAUGAAAAUACAUGCAAAAUCGGAGACUUCGGUCUCUCUCGAGACUUAGCAAAUGAUACGUACUACGUUACAAAGGGUGGCAAGAUUCCUAUUCGAUGGAGUGCUCCAGAGACAUGGAAUUAUCGCAAAUAUUCGUCGGCCAGUGAUGUGUGGAGCUACGGUAUUGUUCUGUAUGAGAUAUGGUCACUGGGCUGUAGACCGUUCGGUGACACAUCUAAUUCUGAGGUAAUGUCUUUGACUGACGAGGGUUACCGUCUUCCUCCUCCUCCUGGCUGUUCUCGAUCAAUGUACAGUUUGAUGAUUAAUUGCUGGAAUGAUGACUAUCAUCAGCGUUUGAGUUGUGGUGACGUCAUUCGUUGCUUGUCUGUCGAGGACGAACAGUUGCUGACAAACAGAGAGACAGAGGAAGACAUUGGUGUUGCUGGAAAAUUGGGAGACGACCCACUAUCAUCCGUCAACUGUUACCAGGACUUGCAGAUGACGUAUCUUCUGUGCAAACAAAGAGCAGAGACAGGCGAAUUGGCUCAGGUUUUUUCUUUCAGCAAUGCAUUUGUGUCUCUUGAAGUCACUAAUGCGUCUGAAACCUCUAUGGCAUUCAGGGCGGACAACAGCUAUUUCUGUCGUACGAUGGUUGAGCCAGAUUCUUGGACUUUGAAUGAUACCAACUGCUAUCGAUACUUUUCAGAAAUCAAAAAGUGGGAUGCUGCUAGUAGAGCAUGCAAAGCGUUUGGCAACGGUACCGGCCAUCUAGUAUCAAUCGAAUCAGCAGCAGAGAAUACUGUCGUAAAAGGUUUACUUGGCUCAUCCGAUGAAGCUUGGAUUGGUAUUGAGAAACCAAACCAGAAAAGACCAGUAACAUGGACGGAUGGAAGCGAUCUCGAUUAUACUAACAACUUGUCUGAUCGACUACUCAAUAUUAAAAGGACUAUGGGUUACGCUUAUUCUGACGGUACUUGGUCGAUUUGUUUUUGCAAUAGGAAGAAUAACGAAAAAGGUUACAUCUGCGAAAUGAAUGCCGCAGAAAAGAGACCUACAUCUGACGUCACGCCGAGUGCAGUAACGCGCUUGGCAAAUCUGACGACGGUACCGACGACAGACACUUCAACAAGAGCAACAGUCGGAGACUCCAACGCUUCCAUGGAACUGAAUUUUGAUAAUACCUUGUCCGCAACUACGUCUACUCUAGAACCGCCAGGACCAGCUAAUCUCUCGUCAAGUAGCAGUUCUGUUCAGACUGUUGGAAUAGCAGUUGGAGCUACAUUAGCAGGAAUAUGCGUCGUCGUGGUCGCUGUUGUCGUGACAGUCUGUUAUCGACGCUUCUACCGUCAGAAAUGGAAAUUUCCGUUCAGUGAUGUUUGUGUAGAAGUCACAAAUCCUUCUUUUCGUGAACUCGAGAUGACAAACGACAGCAACCCUACAUACGCCAAUACCGAGUUUGGACGCUAUGUCCAAUCAGAAACCGUUGAAACAGAUACUGCAGAUAAUACGACAGGUCGUUGCAGACAACAAGUCGAACACAAGUUUGUGAGACCUACUGAAACAUACGAAAUUCCCGUAUCACUCCUAACCAGUUUGGGCGACAGCAACCAUACGAUAUACGGAACUAUUAAGCAAGGAUUCGACAAACUGAAGAAAGUGAUCUAUUGGGAGCCAGGGACAACAGAAAAACAGUUAAACUCACAAAUAGAACGACAUCAAUUUCCUCAAAUCAAACGCGAAGCGAUCAGCUCAAGAAAAUACGUCGCAUCCGGUGAGUUUGGUACAGUGGAAAAGGCAAUAUGGCGACCAGCACACAAUGACAAGAGUCGAGUUGUCGUUGCAGUCAAGGCUCUCAAAUCCGAGACGGGCGAAGAUCGUGUGCGUUUCCUUCGAGAAGCCGCUCUUCUCGGACAAUUUCAUCAUCCGAAUGUCGUCGCUCUUUACGGCGUGGUGACGUCAGGAUCGCCGCUGUUGAUUGUCCUUGAAUAUUUGGAAAACGGAGACCUCAAGGAGUAUCUGGUGCAGCAGAGAGAAACUAUUCAGUCGUCGGAUGAUUCAUCUCUGUUGUCACGUUUGGGUGUCGUUCUAUUGAAGAUGUGUAGGGACAUCGCGUCUGGGCUCGAGUAUCUUGCAGGGAAAUCGUUUGUUCACAGGGAUUUGGCAGCUCGCAAUAUUUUGUUGGAUCAUAAAGACACGUGCAAAAUUGGAGAUUUCGGUCUCUCUCGAGACUUAGCAAACGAGACGUACUACGUUACAAAGGGUGGCAAGAUUCCCGUUCGAUGGACCGCUCCAGAGGCGUUGAAUUAUCGCAAAUAUUCGUCGGCCAGUGACGUGUGGAGCUACGGUAUUGUUCUGUAUGAGAUAUGGUCAGUCGGAUGUAGACCGUAUGGUGACACUUCUAAUUCCAAUGUGAUGUCUUUGAUUAACGAGGGUUAUCGUCUUCCUCCUCCUCCUGGCUGUCCUCGAUCAAUGUACAGCCUAAUGAUCGACUGCUGGAAUGAUGACUAUCAUCAGCGUCCAAGUUGUGGUGACGUCGUUCGCUGUUUGUCCGUCGAAGACGGUCAGUUACUUGCAAGAGGAGAGACAGAGAAAGACAUCGGAAAGCUGGGCGACGACCCACAGUUGUCCGUCAAGUGUUACCAGGACCUGCAGAUGUCGUAUCUUCGCAAAAAUGAGAAGAAACACGUGACCUGAAGUUGGACUCCUUACUAGAGUGUUACGUAUAGACAAAUGCUAGAUUUUGAAUAUGGUAGCUACGUGUACUAGACAUGUAGUCGUGUGCAAAUUAACAUGUGCGUGUUUGUAAGAGUAAUUAGGAAGAAAACUAGUUGCGUACUUGAUUGUAGUCUCGAUGUAAGGAUUUGUGUGUGUGUGUGUGUGUGUGUGUGUGUGUGUGUGUGUGUGUGUGUGUGCGUGCGUGUGUGUUGUGU